GGCCGACCGAGAGCUCACCUCACGGCUGUGCGGAAGGAAGGCGGUUCUGCCCGCCGCCGCGCUCGGUCCGCUGCCUGCCCUGGCCUGGCCGGCCCCUCUCAGCCCAGCCAGGGACGACGACGGGGGCGGCCGCCGCCCCCUCAGACCCGCUGCCGCUGCUCCCGGUGUCCUCUCUAUGCACACGGCCUGUCCUGUUCUCUUCUCAGGCUCGCCUCGCCCCGCCUCUCCUCUCCUCAGCCGCCGUAACCGGGGCCUUCGUUACCCACCCCUCCCCCUUUAAUAGCCACGGCGCAUGCGCCACGCUUGCCCUUGCCCACUCGCCGCCUUUCCCCCUUCCUCCUUUCCUCCGGCUCACGCACGCGCAGGGCCGGCCUUCGGGGCAGGCCCGCAGGGAGGCUGCCAUCGGUGGUAGCCUGACCCGGAAAAAAGAUAAAAUUAUAAUAAUAAAAUAAAAGAACCGCGUCUUUAUAGACGGCCCCAAAUCGGGAUUCUUCCUCCCGCAAAAGUAACAGGGGUAAAUACAGGUACAUGCCCACAAUGGACAGGUGGGAGGGGGUGAUAGAGUGGUGAGGCAGCAUGGGGUGGGUCCUUCAGGCGUUUCAGUUGGGCAGCCUGGCCUGCGGUCGAUCGUUGCCCGCCGCGGAGAGUCCCUGCUCGAGAAGCGCUAAAUGACACCUGUGCACGGUUAGGUUGCAGUCGCCACUGCUUUGGGAGGACUUCACUCCCAGCCAAAGAUUUCUUGUGUUCCACCACCACAUGAGAUUUUUACCAGACAACUCUGGUCUGCAUUGGACAGUGGAGGACGUAAGGCUGUUAAUGUGAUGGAGAAGAAGGCCAAAGGCAGUCUGAAGUUUCUAAAGACGCAGAAACUGCAAAGUCCUAAAGAAGGGGCAGUUGGACAGUAUGUUUCCCCUCGACUUACUGGAAAUCGCAGGAUCUCAUAUCGUGUUACCUACACUUGGAACCGAGGUGGGAGAUUAAAAGAACUCUGCAUCAGACACCUGGCCAGGAAAUUCCUUUACCUGUGGAUGAAGAAGGCAUUUGGAAGAGUCCUACCUUCUAGAGCCAGAUGCUAUUGUGAUCAGAAGAUACUGCGGAAAACCUUUGGGAAAUGGAAGGAAGAAUGGUGGGUUGUUUGCAGAGAAUGGAAGCUGACCAUCAGGGCUGAUUGCCACUACAGGUAUUUCCUGUACAACUUGAUCUUUCGGGCCUGGAAAUCCUACGUACUCCUGCAGCGAGAGGAGAAGAUGGCCUUUUGUGUUGCAGAGGCGCAUGCAGAAAAAAUGAAAACCCUUUGGACAUGGCACUGUUGGUUAAGCUAUGUGGAAUUACGCCGGAUGAAGCACAGGAUGCACUUGGAGGCCCUCAGCUUCAGAGAGCAGAGCGCCUUGCGCCUGUCAUGGAGAUUGUGGAAGAAGAGAUGGUCCCAGAAUCAACUUGGCUGUGAAAUGGAUGGCCAGGCUCUACAGCACUGGGCCCAAGGCUUGCAGUUUCGCGCCUGGCUCCAGUGGAAGGAGCGCUAUGCAUGCAUCCAGGAGGAGAGGAAAGAGGAGGCCAAGGCAGUCAUGCAUGAGCGGCACACAGCGAGGACGAGGUGCAUGAAAGCCUGGCGUGUCUAUGUACAACUCCGAAGGGAGAAGGAGCAUCAGGACAAGCUGGCCUUGCAGCAGCACCAGACCUGUGUGCUCCUUCGCUGUUUCUCGGUGUGGCGUCUGACUUGGGAACACAAACAGCAAUUGCACAUCCACCAGGAGCACAUUGUGCAGCUGGCAGCAAGGAUUGCCUUGCGAAGAGUUUUCACUCGAUGGAAGCAGUAUGUGGCAUUUUGUACCGAAGCAGCUGAGCACCACGAGCUUGCUGAACACCACUACAGACGCCACCUAUUGCACCAGGGACUUAGUGCCCUGCAGAAGAAUGUUGCAGAUGCUUCCGUCAAGCAAACAAGACGAAAUUUGGCUUUUCAGCAGUACCAAGUCAUGCUCUUGCACAGGAUGUGGAAUUGUUGGAAGUCUCAUUUGGAACAGAAAGAGGAAGAACAACUCCAGCCCCUGACGCUGGCAGCUCAUGCUCACUCCAGUGCUGUGCUGCUGCAUCGGUGUCUCAGGACCUGGUUACAGAAUGCCAGUUGGGAAAGACAUAAGAAGUUGCAAUAUGCCAAAGCUGAUGGGCACUACGAGGGCGUGAUCUUGCCUGCCACCUUCCAGGCCUGGAAGCGAUUCAAGGAUCAUCAGUGCUGGUGGAGAGAGAUGGAGGGGAUGGCUGUGUGCUUCCACAGGGAAAUUUGGACAAGGCGAUUCUUUGAAAGGUGGCGGCUGAGAGAACAUGAGCAGCGAGGGAACCAGACAGCAGAGAAAAUGGCGGUUCUACACUCUGAGCACCGGCUGCUGUCCCUGUCCUGGGGCUUCUGGCAUGGGAGAACUGUGGCACAGCUGGAAGAGCAGCGGGGCCUGUCCGUGGCCAAAGAGCAUCACAGCCGCCAACUCCUGCAGGCAACUUUCCAUCUCUGGAAGGAGAAUGUCCAGGAAACAAAGGAAGGGAGGAUGAAGGAGGCCAGAGCUUCAAAGUUCCACUCUGUGAAGCUCCUGCAAUGGUCUUGGAGGAAGUGGCAACAGUAUUUGAGGCACCAAGCCGAGAAGUGGAAGAAGCUGGUGAGAGCCGACGUGCACCACCAGCGGGGUUUGCUGCAGAAGGUCUUAUCAGCCUGGAAGGCUUACCAGAGUAACAUCCAGGUCAUUCUGGAGCAAGUGGCCAAACGGGAGGAGGAGCAUCAUCGGCGGCGGCUGCGGCAGGUGAUGCACACCUGGAAGGAAGGCGUGGCCGAUUCCAAGCAUGGAGCUAAGGAGGCCGCACUGGCAGAGCAGCAGUACCAAAGAGCUCUUCUCUCAAAGAUUGUGCUGAGGUGGAGGGACGCAGCCUCACUACGUGCGCACCGCCAUCAGCAGGAGGCAGCUGCAGUGAGGGAUGUCCAGAAGCACCUGCAUGCAGUGAGGCUGCAGGCGAUGUUUCUUCGCUGGCAGGAGACCUACAUCCGAUCCUCCAGGCACAGAGGACAGCUUGUCUUGGCAGCUCAGCACCAUGAGAGGCAGCUGCUGAACAAGUGUGUGGCCCGGUGGAAGCAAUAUCACCUCCAGUGCAUAAGGAACAUGCUCCUGCAGAGACAAGGAGAUCAGCUGACGGCCCGACGGCUUUUCUCUACCUACUUCUCUUCGUGGAAGCUGCAGCUGGCGCACAGGCAGAGGGAGCGGCAGGAAACCGUUCGGGCACUUUGGCAUUGGUCCCUGUCCUUGCAGGGGAAGGCAUUUGAUGCUUGGGUCGGAUUUGUCCUGGAGCAGCAGCGGAAGAAAGGCCGCAUUGAAAGAGCCAUGGAAACGUACAGGGCCGACCUGCUGCGGGAGGGCGUGACCCGCAUCCUGCGAUACACGGCCGGCAUGAAGGAAUUGCGAGGGCAGCUCCAAGCCCAGUGUCAGCUGAAGGUCGCCCGCCACUGCCACCAGACAGUCUCCCGUUGUGCCAUGCUCUGGAAGCGGAAGGCUCUCUGCCAAAAGCCAAGCCCGUCCCCUGCAGGGGCCCCUCUCAAAAAGCGAGUGACGUUCAAGGUGCCAGUGCCCACCACAGCCUGCAGUGCUGAUGGAGAUCUUGGGGAGCGAACAAGCCUGCCUUUUGUGCUAAAGCCUGCCCAGAGUGAAAAUCUGCCCCACAACUUCCAGGCGGCUGGAGACUCCAUCCUGACUGACCUGCAUGCGGCCCGCCGAGCGAGGCUACAGCCACGUAGACCUGAUUUCCUGCUGCAAUCUCUGGAGAGAAUGGACCUGCUGCCUGGGACUGCCUUGAAAGGCCUAGAAAACACCACUGGGGCUUUGCAGCAAACUGCUCCAAGCCAACCACCCGCUCUGCCUGGGGCCCUUGCGUCAGCGACCCAAAGCAGCGGCUCUUCCCCACCCCGGUUGAGCAGCUGCACUUAUUCAGCGUUCCCCCUUCCUGAAUCUGCUCCGCCGCUCUGCAUUUCCCCUUGGCCAGCGAGCACGGUCCUUCCAAAGCCAAACCCGGGGCUGUUGCCACCUGCCUCCUUCAUGACUCGGCUGGGAGAGAGACCAGGAACGGUUGAGCGUCCAGGAGCAGCCGCUGUGACUGAGAAAGUGGUGGCAGACCCGCGGGCAGGUCUGCUCUUGCCUGAAGAUUUUACAAGGAGAGUGAGCCCUCCUCCCCCUUGUGGAAGGACAGGAACCAAAGAAGAAGAAAAGCAAGCGGACAGUUUCAGCCAGGAGACGCUUGAGGGUGAGAAGCGGUUGGAAGCUGAGCUCCAGUUCAUUGGGCAGAGAAUGGAGCAGUACCAGCACAACCAGCAAGAGCUGAAAUCAUGUCAGCGUCAACAACGCAUCCUCCGCAAGUGGCUAGAGAUGAGAACGGGGGACGAGGAGCAGGCGGAUGUGCAGCAAGUGCAAGGAGAGUUGGAUCAGCUGACAGCAGAGAUCAACUCCCUCCUGCACAUCCUGGGAAAAGAGCGAAGGCUGAUGCAGGCCUACAUAAUCCGUGUCCAGAAUAUUCGAGCUGCUCUUAACCCUUCAGCAUCCUGAACUCUUGUUUGCAUGAUUAUGCACUUCUGCCCUUGGCUGCUGGAGGGGUCAGAGGAGCCUCCGUCCUAUUAGCUGUACAAACACUGGCUGAGGCUGCAAUCCUAUGUGAUGCAUUUACCUGGGAGUAAGUCACACUGAACACAAGGCUUACUUUUAAGUAGAUAUGUAUAGGAUUUCACAGCAGGGGGUUAACGCAUCUCUUUAUAGCAGUCAAAUACUUUCGUUUAAAAAGGCAAGCAUGAUAAGUCAUUCAUUUUUAUUUUAAAACGUUUGCAAUUAAUGAGUUAAUGUCCUUAAGUUGUACAUUUUGACAUACAAAAAUACUGUGCUACUGAUACAGUUGAAAAAUUGGAUGGAUUCUCCAUGCAGGAGAAAUUCACAGCGCCACCAAGAAACCCGCUCCCAUUUUGCUUAGGAUCAAUGUGACCACCUCUGGCUCUCAGCCGGCCCAGCCCCAAUCUCCUCCUCUGGACCUGGCCCAGCACCAGAAGCUCAUCCAGCAGAAUCCCUUUCUCCUGGACAAGCGGCAGAACCUCCAGGACCGCUACACAAGCUCCGUAAUGAGAAAUGAAAGCUCAAAGGGGGGUUGGCAAAGCAGCCUAAGUGGAAGCCGGUGAAGGAGCAACCGGAUGAAGCAAGGCUUUUUCCCCCUCUGCCACGCUAGCAUCCCACAUUUCAGGCACUUUCCCCUCUCCUCAUGCGCUCAUGGAGGAACUGUGAGCCACCUUUCUGUCCUAGGGUUAAACAGGGCAGUUAGCUGGUUAGAGAGCAAAAAGGUGAGGAUGAUGGCUGAGCAGCCGGGCUCACCAAGGCCCUGCCACCUCUCCUCCUCCUCCUCUUUCUCUGCCCUCCAUCAGCAUCGGAGAGGGGCUGCCAUCAUUGCAACAGAAGCAUAAUGCCUCGAACGGCACUCGCUCUCUUCUCUAGCAUAAUCACAGCCAGGAACUUGUCUUGGCUUCUUUUAUGACAGCGAUGUCUGUGAAAAGGAAGAGAGAGCUUCUUUUGUGUCUGGUGUGUGUAUACAGAGACAGGUAAGACUCAAGCGAGGAAAGCAUAAAAAUGAGACUUCAAGGGGAGGGAUGUAACGUCAAAGCUAGAUGAAUUCAACACGCCGGACCCUCAUCCGUGUUCACAGCAUGGUUUCUUGAGUUCAAGAACAAAACACAAACGAUAUAAAUAAAAUGAAUCUCUUUUCUCCCCCUUUGGCACCAAUUGCUAUGAAUCCCCUCCCAGAAAAAAAGGCAUAAUAAGUUUUAAGGCUCCCCUUAUUACUUGUCUACGCAGCAACACUUAACAUUUUGCCACUGAGCGCCCCCACUCCUGGUGCUUGUAGGCUGAACCUUCAGAAUGGAAUUCUCAAGCUGGCCUGGGCAAAUUUGGGUUUUUAUGUAUUUUCCAAAUCCAGCAAAGAGUGGGGAAAGGUUAAUACACACAAGGAGAAUGGGGGGAUUACUCAGGCGUUCCCAAAUGGUUUUUAAUAGCCUGUCCUGUGGCUACGUGAAUUCUGCAUAUUUGCAGUUUGUGUUGAGGAAGUCCUGGCCGGGCAUGAUCUUCCCCUGUCCCAGGCUCAUGGCAGCUGAGUUGCUGCACAAGGAAAGGAAACGCAACUCUCACCACUUUCCAUAGCAAGAGACGUCCCACUGCCUUUGCAGAGAAAAAAUAAAUCUUGUAUUUUUCAUGUUCCAAACUUAACAAGAGACUAGGUAUCUCCCAUACAAAACAACACAAAAGGUGAAGGCCCAGAAUUGCAAGACAGAAUGAUAAAGGUUGGAGUGAGCUGGAGCUACACGUAAAAGACUUCCUAAAGACAAAAAACGAGAUCAAGUCAAACAUGGAAUGUGGACACAGUGUUUGAGGUUUAACAAUACAGUGCAGAUUUCUGCUUUAAAGGGAUAGUACCAGAUUUGUAAAAGGGUUCUAAAACAAUAGGGUUCACAACUGAACUUGGAAGUUUGUAUAUUCCACUCUGUCAAGUAUCUCCUUGUUUGCGCACUGGACUGUUCAGUCUGGUGUGGAACGCAACUUAAGAAUAUGGGUGGGGUGGAGGGAUGGAAUGAGCAAAGAUGGCGCUCGGGUGAAUCUGAUAGUAUCCCGUUAAAGAAGAAAUCUCCCUGCUCGCCUUCCUCCCUCUGACUGCAGAGUUGACAGCGUUUCAAUCCAGACGUUGCAGUUCUGCGCAAAACCAGGCUGCAGACGGAGUCCUGAGGAGAAAUGGCUCCUUCUGCAGGCACAGGGAAGAGGAGCCACCCUGGUCAACAUUCUUAAAGGCCACAAUCCCUGAUAUGUCUGCACCUCUCAUGGUGGGAACGCGCCAGCACCCCCAUUCUAAGAACAAGGGUCUCUCGUUUUCCUCACUCAGGUCCCGCUGAGCAAUACUCCCACCAUAGAGAAACUUCCUUUUACGAAUUGAGUCCCUGUUGCAUAUAAAAAGCCCUCUUGGCAGUGGAGUCUCUAGAGAGAUCCUAAGGCCUCUCCAAAGCGGAUUUUCUGGCCAGGCUUCAGGUAGAAAUUAAAGUCCUUCGGUGCCUCAAAGAUCAGAACGAUGGUCGAGCCAAGAUUAAACUCUCCUAAAUGUUCUCCCUUCCUCAUGGGGAUGCCCUCAUGAUUGUUGAUGGUUACAAAACUGAAGUCAUUGUAUGAGCCUUUGCUGUAGCGAGGGCUGUUUGUAUGCAAAUCCUGCACAUGGAGAAAAGAGUUGUUACUGAAGAAGCCCAUAAUGUUUUGUUACUAGUC